ACUCACACUGCUGGACGGAUAACUUUGAUGUAUUGAAUCCGCUUUUGCUUGACGCACGACACUCGUACAGACACAGACACAAGCAGAGCAUAGCGAAGCAACGCAGAGCAACGCAGAGCAACGCAAAACAGAAACAGAAACAGAAACAAAGCAAGGGACUCGAAUCGCUCCACCGCACAGCACGACAGCAGCAACCAUGAUCCUCCCGCGCUCCGACAUCCCCUACGGCGCGACGCACCCCCACUUCGGGCACACGACGCACCCGCCAUACGGCGCGACACACCCACACUUCGGCGGACACAAGGACAAAGGGCUCUCUGCCGGCGCGAUCGCCGGGAUCGUGAUCGCCUGCGUCUUCGUAGUCGGGGUGAUAGCCUGGGUGACGCGAACCUUCCUUCGUCACCGCUCACUCGGGCUUCCGCCGCCAACGCUGCACACGUUCUUCCCGUGCCUCCCGGGGAAGCCUCGCGGCGGCAGCUACGAGCCGACGCGGCCGGCGGCGUCCGGCGGCACGCGCGGGCUGUUCGGCUUCUUGAAGCCGUCGCGCGGCGGGUAUACCGGCGCGAAUGAGCGCUCGGCGCGCACCCGCGGCGCAUUCGACGAGGGCGCGUGGGAUAGCCGCAUGGACCACGAGGAGACGACGGAGUACACGGGGGCGUCGCAGGGCGUCAAGGAGGCUGUGAUUGGUGCGUUGGCGCCACGCAGUAGAGAGCAGGAUCUGGGCGUCGGGAGAGAGGAGGACCGUGGACGCAGUAGGAACCGUGGCGCUGAGGUCUAUGUCGAUUAUGGCGAUGAGCCCACCGCUGCCGGGAAGAACCCGUUCGAUCAGGAUGUGACCAGGAAGGAUGGCUUUGGCGAUGUUAGGAUUCAGGGGGGACGCCCGAGUAUCGAUAGCUCAAGGAGGAGUGCGUUCAGGGAGGCGAUGUGAGGAGGGUUACCGGGUUUGAAAAUACCGUCCGUCGCGUUUGUGUUUUCCUUGCGUUUUGUUUCCUUGUGUUGGUUUGAUUCUUCGUUUUCUUUGCAUUCCUGCAGCUGUUGGUUUCGGCUUGUUCCUUCUUCUGUCCCUGCGUGUGUAUGUGU